AUGAUUUAUGAAACUUUGAAUAGGUUACUUCCUCUUUUUGCUCAAGAAAGUACCAAGGAUUAUACUUUGGAACAAUUGAAUGCCAUGACUGUUUGGCAACGUCUUCAAAUUAGGGAUUGGAGAUUGGAAAUUUUUACGAUGGGUUUUAUUGCCAUCUUUGUCUUUUUGUUCAAAGCUGGUGAUUUAUACAACAAGUCCAAGGUUACUGGUUUCCUUUCUGGUAUUUCCGAAGUCAUGAAUAAACAAUUCUAUCAAUUCGGAGUUUCUCCAAACCAAUUGUACAUCAAGGACAGUUCUGAAAACUACAGUUCUUAUGCCACUGGUAGAGUUAACAUUGCCAGUGUCCAAAUUAACUUUACUUUGGUUCCAAGAUACAAUGUUUUCCUUUGGAUUUUGGAAUCUGGUUUUUCAUUCUUUUCUUCAAAUGUUAAAGCACCAGAAGAUACAGUCGACAUUGUUAUUACUCCACUGGGUCAUUAUGAUAAUUUCAUUACUGCCAUUGUUUCCAAAUUGGGCAUGAAUGAUGCUAGAAAAUUCAAUUACUUUUUGUCCUUGUGUAAGACUUCUGAUUCUCCAAAUUUACCAGAAAGUUUUGUUUACAUGAGUGAAGCCAAUGAAUUCCAAGAAAAAACCACCACCAAUGAAUUGAAAAAUAGUUUGAAUUUACAAAUUGCCAAUGUUGUCAAGUUUAUUGCUUUAACCGAUCAACCAGUUGAAAAGCCAGAAAGUUUGAGAGAAUUCAUGCCAAACAGAAAAGUUAUCAUAAGCUUGAAGGCCACCACUUCCAAGAAAGAUUUGAAACAAAUCAGUGCUAUUUUGGAAGCUGUUUUCAAUUUGGUUGAUAAAUUGGUUGACACUGCUAUUACCUUUAGACCAGAAGCUGUUAAGAGAGUUGUCAAGACCAGAGAAGCUGAAAUUGAAAAAUUAAAGAAAAUUCAAGAAGAAGCUAGAAAGGAAGAAUUAGCUGAAGAACAAGCUAAAUUAAAGAGAGAAGAACGUGACAGAUUAAGAAACAUGUCUAGAGAAGAACAACUCAAAGCUGAAAAGAAAGCCGCUGAAAGAAGACAAAAGAAGAUGCAAAAGAAACAAAGAAUUAAGAUGUAA